AGGCAGCCCUCCGGCAUGUCCUGUGAGUAUGGCCGGCCUAUAUACGAGACUAAGAUCUACCCACGUGGCUCUAUAAAGAUGGUGUUGACUAGAAGAUCUUCUCGUCGGCAUAAGCCCCAGGCCGAGCCUGACAUUGAAGUGUCAACCACACUAAAACCAGCAGGAGAGGAUGAUAAAGAGCUAGACCUACUGACAGAGCAAGUGUUGGAGAGACUAACCAGCCAGCAAGAGAAAGUUGCUUCUGAAGCCCUACCCCCUGAUGUGAUGGAACUAUCCCAUGCUACUGAUGAUUGUCCUUUCCAACUUGCCUCGUCUUUACAGCCCAAGCUAGAGGAGACGCCAUAUUUUAGUAAUGAAUCGCUUCAACUUAAAAGUGGUGGUUCCAGUAGCAGUCUCUGCGUGUUGAAGGGUGAGGUGGACACACUACUAAAGAAGAGCGUGAUCACUGCAGACUUCGAGAAAAAGGAUGGCGUCCCUCCAAUCCGUGGUCCGUCCAAGUACGCAAGAGAAAGAGCAAACAAGGCUGCUCGUCUGAGAUCAGCUGGUAAAGGGUGGUUUGAUAUGCCUGCUCCACAAGUGACCCCUGACCUCAAGAACGACCUCAAACUGCUCAGAAUGAGAAAUGCCCUCGACCCAUCACGUCACUACAAGGCCAACGACUCUAAACAGUUGCCAAGAUACUUCCAGGUAGGAAGAGUAGUGAGUGGUCCUGGGGAGUUCUACUCAAGCAGGAUACCACGGCGACAACAGAAACAGUCUCUAGUUGAAGAGCUGCUCUCCAACGAAGAGUCGAGAGCUUACCACAAGAAGAAGUACUUGGAACUUCAGGCAAAGUUCAGCAGCGGAACAAGGAGGAAAAGACAUGUCAAACGUAAGAGGAAGUGAUCUCCUGCAAACAUUCUCGAACAGUUUUUUUUUUCUAAGUUGAGUAUGAAUAUUCCCACAUACAUACAGUCAUGUAUCUUGUUUUGUACUAUUAAAUCUGUUGACGUUUUAUUAUUCUCUUUUUAUAUAAAAUUUAAUUAAUUAUGAAUAUAAGAAUUAACAAUAAUUAUAAAUCAAUUGGAUUGACUGAA